GUGAAAUAGAUGCUGCACUUCGGGGAACGAUGUGAACUAACACCGUUCUCGACUGCUCGAGCUCCGGCCACUGAAACAUCCGUCAGCCACCCGUCUGCUUUGAAGAUGAGUUGUAGAGUGUCAGGUGAUCUGGAGAGAGAUGAGGCGGAAGAGGAGGAGGAAGAAGAGGAGAGCAUGAACCCGACGGAGGUGAAAAUGAGUCAGAUAGUUAUGCCCUGUCACAGCAACCACCGACAGGAGCUGAGCGUGGGACAGCUGCUCAAAUGGAUAGACUCCACCGCCUGCCUCUCUGCUGAGAGACAUGCUGGAAGCCCCUGUGUCACUGCGUCCAUGGAUGACAUCCACUUUGAACACACCAUCAGUGUGGGUCAGGUGGUGAACAUCAAGGCAAGGGUCAACAGAGCCUUUAACACCAGUAUGGAGGUGGGCAUACAGGUGAGCUGUGAGGACUUGUUCUCCGAUCGUCACUGGAGAGUUUGUCACGCCUACGCCACCUUUGUAACCCAGCGCAGAAACACUGGACAGAAGGUGAUCUUGAAACCCAUCGUACCUCACACUCAGAGGGAGCAGGUUGAAUACAGCGUGGCAGCUGAGAGACGGAGGGUCAGGAUGGUACACGAUGACAUCAUCAAAGAUCUGCUCUCCCACGGGUCCAUCCAGCAGGCUGACAACUCAGCAGUAGGAGAUGCAGUGGCAGCAGAGAGGACCAAGGUGGAGAGUGUUGAGCUGGUUCUACCCCCACAUGCUAAUCAUCAGGUGAACACAUUUGGAGGACAGAUCAUGGCCUGGAUGGUGAAUGUAGCCACCAUCGCUGCCAGUCGUCUGUGUCAGGCUCAUCCCACUCUUCGGGCCAUCGACAUGUUCACUUUCAGAGGACCUUCUCAGAUCGGUGACAGACUGCUGCUGAGGGCCAUCGUCAAUAACGCCUUCAAAAACAGCUUAGAGGUGGGGGUGCGAGCAGAGGCCUAUCAGGAGGAGGGGCCUAACCGACACAUAAACUCUGCCUUCAUGACCUUUGAGGUGCUGGAUGACCAUGGGAAGCCAUGUAUGUUACCACGGAUACGACCUGAACCCCUGGAAGGGGAGAGGAGGUUUCAAGAGGCCAUAGCCAGGAAGAAGAUCAGGUUAGACAGAAAGUAUAUAAUUUCCCGCACGCAGGGCGAGGUCCCUCUGUCCGUACCCUGGGACCCCCGAAACCAGGUGUACCUGAGCUAUAACAACGUGUCAGCUCUGAAGAUGUUAGCUGCUCGAAACAACUGGCGCCUCAGUUCUGAAAAAGACAAGGUUCGUCUUUACACCCUGGAGCAGAAGUCCACGCUGAGUUUCAGGGUGGAAUCGGAGGUGGACGUUCCCGCUCACAGAGCCUUCUGUCUGCUGGCUGAGCUCAGCAGCAGACCGAGCUGGGACACACAUUAUCAGAAGUGUGAGCUGAUCCACCGGGUGGAUGAUGAUGACUUCCUGUAUCGUGUGGUCACCCCGUCAGUCCAGCACGGUGCUCCCGGUUCUCCGACUUCAGCCAAUCAGGGAGCAGGAAUCCUGCAGGACUUCAUCUUGCUGGCUUCCAAGAGGAAGCCGUGCAGCAGUGGAGAUCCAUAUGUCAUCGCUCUGCGGUCAGUGUCUCUGCCCACUCACCCCCCCACCGACACAUACAACAGAGGGGAGGUCCUGUGUGCUGGAUUUACCAUCCUGGAAAGCGAGAACAACAUGUCGCUGAUCAGUUACUAUAACCAGGCAACUCCAGAGGUCCUCCCCUACAUCUCCACUGACAUCGCCGGCCUCUCCUCCUCCUUCUACCACACCUUCUGCUCCUGCAGCCAGUACCUGACUGAGAACAGGCUGCAGCUCACCUCUGAGGAGCAAACUGACCAAUACCAGGCAAAUCCAGACAGUCUCGCCUCUGAGGAUGAAGCUGACAGUCUGUCAGUGGUCCUCCACAACACCCAGCUGUAGACAGGCAAUGGUACUCUCCAGGCCAGUUUACAUCACCCAGUGUAGGGUGAAGUCCGUCUGCUGUUUUCACAGAAGGUUUGAUUUAUACUGUCAAAGUGUUCACAGUGAGCACAGGAUGAUAUUGGCAUUAAACUUUUUUAAACUUUGUUUUUUUUAAUAGAAGUGAGAGAUCACAUCAGAACAGAUCAAUUAAAAAAGAUCACAGUAAAGUGAGUAAAGAAAAACUGCCUUAGACACUUUAAUAUUGAGAGCUGGAUAUAAGACACACACCUGGGCUGUAUUCACUAAACAUUUUAUGUCGCUAAGAGUUCUCCUGAGUCACACUUAAACUUUGUAACUCAAAGUUUUUCAUGAAUCCUCUUCACAAAGCUUUCACAACUCUGAGAGUCAGACUCUGUGGCUAUGGCUGACGUUACUUCUCAUAGACGAACUUUUACAAAGAACCUGGCGCCUCAAAAGAGCCUGUGCAACAUCCUGCAGUAAUAAAUAAAAAUAAUAAUAAUAAUAAUAAUAAUACAUUUUAUUUAACUCAAGGCACUCAAGGACACCGUACACAGUUACACAAAUUGAGAUUAAAAACAUAUUAAGAAUUAAUUAACAACAAUAAAAAUGAAAUAUAAAAAUAAAAACAAUACAAAAGUGACAGUAGACAGUAGCAAUGAUGGUUGGAGUGGGACCAAACAGCUCGCAGACAGUGGAUUCAAACGAGCUGGAGACGGGCACAGACACCGGCGAGACUUUCCACAUUAAUAUAUAUUAUUAUUAUUAUUACUAUUAUUAAAUAUGAAUGCAUCACAUUAUCACAGAUAAACAAAUAUAGACCUAAAUAUGAUAGAAAUUCAAUAAUAGCGGAUGAGGUGCUGUUUUAAGUAGUGCAUUUCCCAAAAUGAAUCUGUAUGAUGAUGCUUGUAUGAACCCGGCACUUCAGUUAAUAAACAGCACAUUUAGUGUUUCGUGACACCUGAUUUGCCCCUCCCAUACCUGUCUGUUCACUGCCACAGUUUAAAUUCUGUGUAAAAUUUUCAAAGAUCUAAAGCUGUUUGAAAUGUUGCUUCAUUGUUGAGCUGUGUGCAGCUCACCUCAGCCCAUUCUCUGUCUUUCUCUCUCUCUCACUGACUCUCACACACACACACACACACACACACACAAAUUAGUCCUAAAGUUAGGACUAACACACCCCGUAUUUUUCAGGAGCUACUUAUGCUUUGUGAAUACAGGCCCUGAUUUCAAAAUAAAGUCUUGUUCAAUAUGAAUUAUUCUGUUUGGACACAAGUAAAACUGUGAGACGUGUCAUCCAGGAUUAGUUCUGUUUUCAGUCUGGUAAAUGUAAUUGUAAAUCUACAAUUAGCUUGUUUGUGGGCUUUUAUUUUGACAAACACUAACAGUGGUACGACAGUGCUGACAGCGGUUGGCACAAGGAACUUCUUUCUUUUAUAUGAAGACAUUGAUGCUUUCAUAGGACUAUAAUAAAGUGUUCUUAACAUGA